CAGGUCCAGCCAUGUCUCCCCAGGGGUGUCUGAGUGUCACCAAAUAUUUCCUCUUCCUCUUCAACCUCCUCUUCUUUGUCCUGGGCGCCAUCAUCCUCAGCUUUGGCCUCUGGAUCCUAAUCGACCAGCAAAGCUUCGCCGCUGUCCUGGGUUCCUCCCUGUACGCCCUGAAGGUCUGGUCCUACAUCCUGUCCGGAGUUGGUAUCAUCACCAUGCUGCUGGGUUUCCUCGGAUGCCUGGGUUCCCUCAAGGAGAUCAAGUGUAUGCUGGGAUUUUAUUUUGGUUUCCUCUUUCUCCUCUUCGCCGCCCAGAUCACCAUUGGGGUCCUGCUGUACACGCAGCGUGUCACGCUCAGUGGCAAGGUGGGGGUGUUCGUGGAAGACGUCAUCCGGACCUAUCCGCUGGCAGGACCCCCCGGCGAGAAGCACCAGAGCUGGGACUUCAUUCAGGGGCAGCUCCGGUGCUGCGGCUGGAGCUCGUACCUGGACUGGCACCAGAACCCCGUCGUGGACAACUCGUCUCGCAAACUGUACCCCUGUUCCUGUCACAACAGCUCCAGCCCUGGUGAGCACGGCACCGGCACCAACACCACCGAGGCCCCGGCCGUGCAGGGGGCCACCGGGUUCUGCACCACUCAGGGGGAGUGGCCGGUCUACAGGCAGGGCUGUGCGAACAGCGUCCAGGGCUGGCUGGCCAAUAACAUCAUCAGCAUCGUGGGCAUCUGCCUGGGCAUCGCCCUGAUGGAGUUCCUGCAGCUGCUGUGCCUGGCGCUGGCCAGCACCCUGGAGUGCAGGAGACUCACCAGUGGCUCCCAGGAAAUCCUGACCUUCCCCAGCAGCUCUGUCUCAUGAUGUUAUCGAUGUUUCUGUUUAGAAACAUGGGCCAGAACUACGACAAGCUGACCCGAUACUCCUAGGAAGCCCCUUCCGCCCCAGGGGGUGGAGGGGGAGCAGAUGGGCAUGAGCCACCGCCCCCCAACUGGGACCAUCCAGCAUGGGCUGAAGCAGCUUUCUUUCUCUGUCUGUUCCUGAGUGUUCUUGGCAGGGGGCAGGGCCCCUGGUCCAUUUCCCCCCAACCCCGGUGUGUCAUCCCCCGCCCCGUCCCUGGCCUGAGCUGUGCUCACCCUUUGGGGCAGUGGCGUAGGGAUGGCGCAGCUAUUUCGUUCUGUCUCUGGGUAUCUAUUAGUGGGGUUUGCUGCAGUAGGGAGGGGAA